AUGAAUUAUAUCGAGAGUGCUCUGGAUCCGCUGGUAUUCGAAGGCAAGGGAAACGGAAGUGUUUCAGGUAAAAUGGAUUCGAUUACCGAGAAGCUUUUCAUCGGAGGUUUUAACGAAGCGUCGGACAUAAGAUGCUUAACCGAGUUCAACAUCGGCGCUGUUUUGACUGUCGCCACUCAGAAGCCCCUUUUCUAUGCCAAUGGAGUGAGUUACAAGUUCAUAAGAGUCAACGACACGUUCGAUGCUGACCUGUUAUCAUCGUUCGACGAGUGUUUUGAGUUCAUCGACUCACAUAUCUCGUCGGGAAGAAACGUGUUAGUACACUGCCAAGUUGGGGUGUCAAGAAGUGCCACGGUCGUUGCUGCCUAUUUGAUGAAGAAGUUGAACAUUGGAGUUCACGAAGCAUUGGCUAUAAUCAAAGCAAAGCGAAGUUGCAUAAAGUAA